GCCUCGCCCCGCCCUGUGCCAAGAUGGCGGCAGAAGCAGCUGGUGGCAAGUACAGGAGCACUGUCAGCAAAAGCAAAGACCCCUCGGGGCUGCUCAUCUCUGUGAUCAGGACCCUGUCCACCAGCGAUGACGUGGAAGACCGAGAAAAUGAGAAGGGGCGCCUCGAAGAAGCCUACGAGAAGUGUGACCGGGACCUGGAUGAGCUGAUCGUCCAGCACUACACCGAACUGACCACGGCCAUCCGCACGUACCAGAGCAUCACCGAGCGCAUCACCAACUCUCGGAACAAGAUCAAGCAGGUGAAGGAGAACCUGCUUUCGUGCAAGAUGCUGCUGCACUGCAAGCGGGACGAGCUCCGGAAGCUGUGGAUCGAGGGCAUCGAGCACAAGCACGUCCUGAACCUGCUGGAUGAAAUCGAGAACAUCAAGCAGGUGCCUCAGAAGCUGGAGCAGUGCAUGGCCAGCAAGCACUACCUCAGUGCCACCGACAUGCUGGUGUCAGCGGUCGAGUCUCUGGAGGGCCCCUUGCUUCAGGUGGAAGGGCUGAGUGACCUGCGGCUGGAGCUUCACAGCAAGAAGAUGAACCUCCACCUGGUGCUCAUAGACGAGCUGCACCGGCACCUGUACAUCAAGUCCACCAGCCGCGUCGUGCAGCGCAACAAGGAGAAAGGGAGAAUGAGCUCCCUGGUGAAAGAUGUCUCGCCUCUGAUUGACGUCACAAACCUGCCCACGUCUCGAACAUUCCUGGACGGGUCUCAGUUCUCUGCUUCCGGAAGCUCAAGUGCGCGGGAGGUAAACCUGCAGGACAUCAAGGAGGAUUCGGAACUGGACCCCGAGGAGAAUAGCACCCUCUUCAUGGGCAUCCUCACCAAGGGGCUGGCCAAGCUCAAGAAGAUCCCCGAGACCGUGAAGGCCAUCAAGGAGCGCCUCGAGCAGGAGCUGAAGCAGAUUGUGAAGAGGUCGACCACCCAGGUGGCAGACAGCGGCUACCAGAGGGGAGAGAACCUCACAUCAGAGAACCAGCCGCGGUUGCUUCUAGAACUGCUGGAGCUGCUGUUCGACAAAUUCAACGCCGUGGCCGCGGCCCACUCUGUGGUCCUGGGGUACCUGCAGGACGCCGUGGCGGCUGCCCCGACUCAGCAGGAGGACGUCAAGCUGUACGACAUGGCCGACGUGUGGGUGAAGAUCCAAGAUGUCCUGCAGAUGCUGUUGACCGAGUACUUGGACAUGAAAAAUACUCGUACUGCCUCUGAACCAUCAACUCAGCUAAGUUAUGCUAGCACUGGACGAGAAUUUGCAGCCUUUUUUGCCAAGAAGAAACCUCAACGGCCCAAAAAUUCUCUUUUCAAGUUCGAGUCCUCGUCGCAUGCCAUCAGCAUGAGCGCCUACUUGCGGGAGCAGCGGAGGGAGCUCUACAGCCGGAGCGGAGAACUUCAAGGGGGCCCAGAUGACAACUUAAUGGAAGGUGGAGGAACAAAGUUUGUCUGCAAACCUGGGGCCAGAAAUAUUACCGUUAUAUUUCAUCCAUUACUAAGAUUUAUUCAGGAGAUCGAGCACGCCCUGGGACUGGGGCCAGCCAAGCAGUGUCCUCUCCGAGAGUUUCUCACCGUCUACAUCAAAAACAUCUUCCUCAGUCAAGUCUUGGCAGAGAUCAACAAGGAGAUUGAAGGAGUCACGAAAACCUCUGACCCCUUGAAGAUCCUCGCUAAUGCAGACACCAUGAAGGUGUUGGGGGUCCAGCGGCCCCUCCUGCAGAGCACCAUCAUCGUGGAGAAGACAGUGCAGGACCUCAUGAACCUGAUGCACGACCUGAGCGCCUACUCAGAUCAGUUCCUCAACAUGGUGUGCGUGAAGCUCCAAGAGUAUACAGAUACCUGCACCAUGGCCUACAAGAGCAUUGUCCAAUCAGAAGAGAAGCUUGUCAUCAGCGCUUCUUGGGCGAAAGAUGACGAUAUCAGCAGACUUUUGAAAUCUCUACCCAAUUGGAUCAAUAUGGCUCAACCCAAACAGCUGAGGCCAAAGAGAGAAGAAGAAGAAGAUUUCAUAAGGGCAGCCUUUGGCAAGGAGUCGGAAGUUCUCAUUGGGAACCUGGGAGAUAAGUUAAUCCCGCCGCAGGACAUCCUCCGUGAUGUGAGUGACCUCAAAGCCUUGGCCAACAUGCACGAGAGCCUGGAAUGGCUAGCCGGUCGGACAAAGGCAGUGUUCUCUAGUCUUUCUUCAUCCCAGACGCUGUCUCCGGCUCAGGAAGGCCACAUGAGCAUGGACCUCCCCCCAGUGUCAGAGCAGAUCCUGCAGACGCUGAGCGAACUGGCCAGAUCUUUCCAGGAGAUGGCUGACCGCUGCCUGCUGGUCCUACAUCUGGAAGUCAGGGUUCACUGUUUCCACUAUCUCAUCCCUCUUGCAAAGGAGGGCAACUAUGCCAUCGUCGCCAACGUGGAGAGCAUGGACUACGAUCCCCUGGUGGUCAAGCUCAACAAAGACAUCAGCGCCAUCGAAGAGGCCAUGAGUGCCAGCCUGCAGCAGCACAAGUUCCAGUACAUAUUUGAAGGCCUGGGGCACCUCAUCUCCUGCAUCCUCAUCAACGGCGCCCAGUACUUCAGGCGCAUCAGUGAGUCUGGCAUCAAGAAAAUGUGCCGAAACAUCUUUGUCCUUCAGCAGAACCUGACCAACAUCACCAUGUCUCGGGAGGCCGACCUGGACUUUGCAAGGCAGUACUAUGAGAUGCUGUACAACACGGCCGACGAGCUGCUGAACCUGGUGGUGGACCAGGGCGUGAAGUACACGGAGCUGGAGUACAUCCACGCACUGACCUUGCUGCACCGCAGCCAGACAGGCGUGGGCGACCAGACCACCCAGAACAUGAGGCUGCAGCGGCUCAAGGAGAUCAUCUGCGAGCAGGCCGCCAUCAAGCAGGCCACCAAGGACAAGAAGAUAACCACGGUGUAAAGGGGCCUGCUGGGGGGGAGGGGAGGGGCGGGGCGGGGCAGUGACCGCAGCCUUCUUUCUUUAGCACACUCCUUCCUUUGGCCUGCUCUCAGCUGGCUUGGUUUCCUCUGUGGAUAAAGCGCAGGUGUCAGGAGUUUCCAUUUUUGACUUCAUCUCUGUGCUUCAGUGUUGGUGGGGGGGUGAGGUGGGGAGGGUGUCCCAAUACAGAAUGUUUGGGGGAUUGUUUGUUUGUGUUUGUUUUGAUGGACUGUAAUGUAGGCACUUCCAGGGGGGCGCUAGGUGGAUGGCGAGGCAAGUAUCCAAUUGUUGAUUAAAACACGAGUGACAAAUGUUUUGUUUCUUGGACCAGAGCUGUCGUACAGUGGGUAAGGCGCUUGCUUGCCUUGCAUGCAGCCAACCUGAGUGCAAUCCUCAGCAUCCCAUAUGGACUCGCCCCCCCCAGCACCGCCAGGAGAAAUUCCUGAGUGUAGAGCCAGGAGUAACUCCUGAGCAUCACCGGGUGUGGCCCAAAAAGUCAAGAGGGAAAAAAAAAUUGUUUUGUUUCUCAUUCUACGAUCUUUUGGAAAGUAGGUUGUUGCUUAAGCUGCUGCCCUUCCCGCAGCCACUCCCUACGGUUCUGUUGUAUAAACAAGAGGGUUUCUUUAUUCUGUGUCUUGACAAGGUAGGGAAAUAAGGGAAGGUGCCUCGACUUCCAUCUCUAUUGCCAAGUCAAAGCAGUGGCUUCUCAGCUGGCUUUUUGUUGUCAAGACUUUUUUAACAAGACAGGAUGUAAUAUUCUUUUUCUCCAUCCUGGCAAAACUUCGUAUGCAGUAACUUGUGCACAAGUCGCUGGUUGGUUUAUUGCCAUUUUUUCUCCCCAUGCAAAAUCAAAAGCCAUGAAAUUAGUGAAAGAAAAGUGGAAGCAUGCAGGAUGAUUCGACCUUCCUCUAGAUCUAGAUCGUCCCUCCUUACUUUCCAGGGGAAAGAAAGGGUGAUGAGGGAACAUUGGAUCCCACGUGAAAGUGACCGAUGAUUAUGUAGAGGUCUUUCUCGCCUUGGAGAGUAGCUCCCCCAUGCUUGACUAAAGGGGGAGACCAGGGCACAGUCUUUCCAACCUCCUCCGUAUGUGCCCCAUUUCUCACUUCCUCCCUGGGGUUGUGGGCACUCCCCGCUCCUGGCCGUCUGGGCCCCACUCCCCCCAGACCACCAUGCUUUCUUACCACCCACAGUUGAUAUGUCAUGGAAGGAAGCAGUGCACUGACAAGGAUGUGGGCUGGGCUGUCAAGGACCUCCCCCCGCCUCGCCCAGGAAGGAGAGCUAGAAGCAAGACCACCACUGUCACGUCUUAAUGCUAUGAUGGCUGAGAAUUUGUCAAUGAUUUGUACGGCCUUUGUCUUGUUGGGAAAAGCAAAUAAAUAAAUAAAUAAAUGAAUGAAUAAAUAAAAUGUUUGGAAAAGCUAAAA